AUGGAUGGCGCCCCUUUGAGCAAUGUCUUGACCUCAUCCCUGCAACAGGUACUUAGGCUGCACGCGGGCAUCCGUCUCCCCACCCACAGCCCAGGGACUGGCUUCCCGGCCCGCGUCCCCUCGGCCCACAGCCUUCCUCUGCAAACUCUCCCCAGAACAUGCUACCUUCUAGCAGUCGCUGAGGAGAGACUCUCCACCAGGCCAGUGUCGUGGACAUUUCCUCCUCGAGGCCACAAGAGCCGACCCGCACUCCAGGUGCCCCAGGGCUGCGGUCCCCCCCCCAGGCCAGGAGAAGAGGAGCCGGAAAGGCGGGGGAACCAGGCAGAGCUACCGCUGGGGGCAGCCGAGGGGAGAAACUGCUUCCCCCUUCCUUUCUCGCCUUUGCUAGUCACGGAUCUGGAUGAGCCUGGCAUUCACGUGGAUGGCUGCAUUGACUGGUCAGUGGAUCUCAAGACAUACAUGGCUUUGGCAGGUGAACCAGUACGAGUGAAAUGCGCCCUUUUCUACAGUUAUAUUCGCACCAACUAUAGCAUGGCCCAGAGCACUGGGCUCAGGCUUAUGUGGUACAAAAAUAAAGGUGAUUUAGAAGAGCCCAUCAUCUUUUCAGAGGUCAGGAUGAGCAAAGAAGAAGAUUCAAUAUGGUUUCACUCAGCAGAGGCACAAGACAGUGGAUUCUACACUUGUGUUUUAAGAAACUCGACAUAUUGCAUGAAGGUGUCAAUGUCCCUGACUGUUGCAGAGAAUGAAUCAGGCCUGUGCUACAAUAGUAGGAUACGCUAUUUAGAAAAAUCCGAAGUCACUAAAAGAAAGGAGAUCUCCUGUCCAGACAUGGAUGACUUUAAAAAGUCCGAUCAGGAGCCUGAUGUUGUGUGGUACAAGGAAUGCAAGCCAAAAAUGUGGAGAAGUAUAAUAAUACAGAAAGGAAACACUCUUCUAAUCCAAGAAGUUCAAGAAGAAGAUGGAGGAAAUUAUACUUGUGAACUUAAGUUUGAAGGAAAACUUGUAAGACGAACAACUGAAUUGAAAGUUACAGCUUUACUCACAGACAAGCCUCCCAAGCCAUUGUUCCCCAUGGAGAAUCAGCCAAAUGUUAUAGAUGUCCAGCUGGGUAAGCCUCUGAGCAUCCCUUGCAAAGCAUUCUUUGGAUUUAGUGGAGAGUCCGGACCAAUGAUCUACUGGAUGAAAGGCGAGAAGUUUAUUGAAGAACUGGCAGGUCACAUUAGAGAAGGUGAAAUAAGGCUCCUGAAAGAGCAUCUUGGAGAAAAAGAAGUUGAAUUGGCACUCAUCUUUGAUUCAGUGGUGGAGGCUGACCUGGCAAAUUAUACCUGCCAUGUGGAAAACCGAAAUGGACGGAAACAUGCCAGUGUUCUGCUGCGUAAAAAGGAUUUAAUCUACAAAAUUGAACUUGCAGGAGGCUUGGGAGCAAUCUUUCUCUUCCUUGUACUGCUUGUGAUCAUCUACAAAUGCUACAAUAUUGAACUGAUGCUCUUCUACCGACAGCAUUUUGGAGGUGAUGAAACUACCAAUGACAACAAGGAAUAUGAUGCCUAUCUGUCUUACACAAAAGUGGACCAAGACACUUUAGACUGUGACAAUCCUGAAGAAGAGCAGUUUGCUCUUGAAAUACUGCCAGAUGUCCUGGAAAAACACUAUGGAUAUAAACUCUUCAUCCCAGAAAGAGACCUGAUUCCAAGUGGAACAUAUGUUGAAGAUCUCACAAGAUGUGUUGAGCAAAGCAGAAGACUUAUUAUCGUGCUAACUCCAGACUAUACUCUCAGACGAGGAUGGAGUAUUUUCGAAUUGGAAAGCAAACUCCAUAACAUGCUAGUCAGUGGAGAAAUCAAAGUGAUUUUGAUUGAGUGUACAGAAUUAAAAGGAAAGAUGAAUUGCCUGGAAGUGGAAUCACUAAAGCGCAGCAUCAAACUUCUGUCCUUGAUCAAGUGGAAGGGGCCCAAGAGCAGCAAAUUAAAUUCUAAGUUUUGGAAGCAAUUAGUAUAUGAAAUGCCCAUCAAGAAAAAAGAAAUGCUUUCUCGGUGCCAUGUUCUGGACUCUGCAGAACAAGGACUCUUUGGAGAACUCCAGCCUAUACCCUCUAUUGCCAUGACCAGUACCCCUGCCUCUCUGGUGUCAUCUCAAGCUGAUCUCCCUGAUUUCCACCAUUCAGAUUCAAUGCAAAUGAGACACUGUUGCAGUGGUUAUAAACACAAGAUGCCAACCACCACCUUGCCGGUACCUUCCUUAGGCAACCACCACACUUACUGCAACCUGCCUCUGACACUACUCAAUGGACAGCUACCCCUUAAUAAUACCCUGAAAGAUACCCAGGCAUCUCAUAGGAACAGUUCCCUGCUACCUUUAUCAUCCAAAGAGCUUAGCUUCACCAGUGAUAUUUGGUAG